UCUCCUUCUCCAAUCCUACACAAAAAUACCCUAACCCUAACCCUAAAUUAAAGUUAAAAAGGGUACGGAACCUCUGCACUGCUCUCCUUCUCACUUCAAAAUUCACCAAUCUCAAAUUAGUAAUCCCAGAAAACCGCGGCCUCUCGCUUAAAGCCUUGAAGUUGCGCGCCAAUUGUUUGAUAAUUUGUCGCAGAGAGGGGUAAGAGGGAAACAGUCGAUAUCGAAUUGUUUAGAUGGCGAACAGCAAAUAUGAGUACGUCAAGUCAUACGAGCUUGUCGACGAGGUUAGGCCGCCAGAUAUCAUCGUUGUUCGCAUUGACGGCUGCGAUUUUCACAGAUUUUCUGAGGUACACGAAUUUGAUAGACCAAAUGAUGAGAGAGCUUUGAACUUGAUGAAUGCUUGUGCAACUUCAGUGUUAGAUGAGUACCCGGAUGUGGUAUUUGCUUAUGGAUUCAGUGAUGAGUACAGUUUUGUUUUCAAGAAGACAACCAAGUUCUACCAACGACGAGCCAGCAAAGUACUUUCCCUUGUUGUAUCUUUCUUUGCCUCUGUGUAUGCCACAAAAUGGAAAGAAUUCUUCCCGAAGGUGGAGUUGAGAAAUCCUCCUUCAUUUCAUGCUCGAACCAUAUGCUUUGCAACAAUAGAGUUUCUUCAAGCAUAUCUUGCAUGGAGGCAAAGUGAAUGUCAUAUUAACAAUCAGCACAACACUUGUCUUUGGAUGCUGGUCAGAUGUGGAAAGAGUGAAAAGGAAGCACAAGAAUUCUUAAAGGGUACUCAAAAGCAAGAAAAAAAUGAGCUUUUGUUUCAACAGUUUGGUAUAAACUAUAAAAACCUUCCCAAGAUUUUUCGUCAGGGAUCUUGUAUUUUCAAGACAGAGGUAGAAGAUAUUGUGAAAUUCAAAGAAGAUGGCACUCCUGUGAAAAGAUUGAGGAGAAAGGCAAGAGUAGUCCAUUCAGAGAAUAUAGCUGGUAAAAGCUUUUGGAAUGAGCAACCGGGUCUCCUUAAAGAGCUGGGUGCUUUUGUGGGGAACAUUGACAAAAUUGAACCAGAUUAUUUCAGGCCCUUCCUAUUUGAAAACGGAUUGAUGCCAUCCACUUGGAUCGUUAUCCGACUAGAUGGCUGCCACUUUCACAGAUUUUGCAAAAUUCAUGAAUUUGAGAAGCCCAAUGAUGAGAAAGCUUUGAACCUUAUGAAUUCAUGUGCCGCGGCUUUGAUGGAAGAGUUUCAUGAUAUUAUUUUCUCCUAUGGUGUCAGUGAUGAAUUCAGCUUUGUCUUGAAAAAGGAUUCCCAAUUCUACCAGAGGCAAGCAAGCAAAAUAUUGUCCGUCGUUGUGUCUUUCUUCUCUUCAGUGUACGUAAUGAAAUGGAAAGAUUUCUUACCCCAUCGAGAGUUGAAAUAUCCACCUUGUUUUGAUGGAAGGGCUGUUUGCUAUCCAUCUUCUGAAAUUCUUAGAGAUUACUUGGCUUGGAGACAAGUUGAUUGCCACAUUAAUAAUCAAUACAAUACAUGUUUUUGGAUGCUUGUCAAAUCCGGAAAAAGCAAAAGGGAAGCUCAAGAUUACCUGAAGGGUACUCAAGCCCGAGAAAAAAAUGAGUUGCUUGCACAACAAUUUGGUAUUGACUACAAUGCAUUACCCAUCAUCUUUCGGCAGGGUUCCUCAGUGUUUCGUGUUCAGGAAGAGAAAGCAAAUGGUUAUGGGAAUGGUGCAUCUGUUGAAAAACUUAACACCAGGGUAGUUGUAGAACAUUGCAAUAUAAUUGAGAAGCACUUUUGGAAAGAACAUCCAGGCAUCCUUGAUGAGAGCCUCGCAUGUGCAUGUAAGUGCAUCAAAAGCUUCAGAAACUGGAAACCAUGAGCUGGUAAUGAAACCCCAUUGAAGUAGAAAUGGAUAAUCUCGAAAACGUGAAUCAAUGGCCUAAUUUGUUUGCUGCUGGAGGCGGAUCACACCUACUGCAGAUGCAUUUGCCCCCUAUCUGCUGCUGCUGCUGCUGCUGUUGCGCCAGAUGACAUACCUGUUGAUUUAUGGGUUAUUGGUUAACGUUGUGCAACAAAUCAUGUUAGUGUAUCUUUGAAAGAAUGAUGGAGAAAAACCAUGGCAAACAAAAAAGCCUCUGUGAAUGCUGUUUUCUCCAUUAAGUUGCUGGUUCUUCCAGUGUGAAUGGUGUUUGAUUUGCUGCAAGCAAAAGAGGUGUCCUUGCUAAUAUAUGUUUUUUAUUUUUUGUCACAAGAUAUUACAUAUCAUAGCAGUAAAUUUCUAAUUUCUAA